AUGGCUGAUGCAUUAUUUCAACAAGCCGAUACAAAUAGAGAUAAUCGAUUAGAUUUAAACGAAUUUCGUAAUCUCGUUUCUUCCACUGGGAUAGGUGGAAGAAGUUUUGAAUCAUCUAAUUACUCAAGUGGCGGAUAUUCCGAUGCUUCUCUAGCUGGAUUAGUUGGAGCUGAUGGUGGAUACAACUCGUACUCAUCGGGCUCAGGCUACGAUACCGGUACUGUCGGAUUAGGAGGAGCUGUCGGUCUCUCUGGUGUGGAAGCGGGGGGUUACGGUUCAUCAUCAUUUGAAUCAUCCAAUUAUUCAUCAGGAACAGGAUUGGAUGUUUCAGGUUGGGGAGCAGGCGCUGGUGGGGCAUAUGGAGCUGCUGAUUUGUCAGCAGUGAGUGGUGGUGUAGAUGGAUUGUUGCAAGGUGCAAAUUAUUCAACUGGAAGUACAUCAGUUCAACAAUAUGCGACAGAUGCUCAAGGAUUAUUUCAAGAUUCAAAUCCACAAAUAAUUCGUAAACCGGCACCAGGUGGCGAUGUCACAUACAAACAAAACAUCCUAGUUCGAUUCUUACAACCACCACCACCUCCACCAAGGAUUGCUUUAUAUAUUACAGAAGUUCGACCACCACAGCCACCAGCGCCACCACCGCUCGUUGUGCGUCAACGCCCCCCAGUACCACCCCAACCAUCCCCACUAUUCCUUCGUGAAAGACCACCACCAACCCCAGCCUCAGUUGCAGCUCAAACAGUCAUCCGAAAUCUAGCUGCAAUGCCUACACCACCACGAUCAGUCGUCAUCGAACGGGUGGCUGCUCCUCCUCCAAAACCACGUGAUAUUAUCGUUGAGCGAUGGCUCCCAUAUGGCCCACAAGCUCAACGAAAAACAAUUGUUCAACGUGCAGCUGCUGCUCAACAAUAUAAGGCUCCACGAAAUAUUAUCAUUCAAUAUGAACCAAUUCAAGCUCAUGUUGUUCGACAAUUUCAACGACUCGGAGUUCAACAAGAAAAUCCACAAACAUAUGUUCAGCGUUAUGGUGCUGUAUUACUCGAUAGUGCGACACUUCUUCAACAUGCACGAGCAGCCGGGGUUAUCGAAGACCUCAGCCCACCAGCUGGUGCUACUGUAGCAUUCUCAGGUGCUUCCUAUAGCGCAGAAUCCACAGGAGCUACUGGUUUAACAACUAGUGAAUUUGGUGGUGAAUUCUCGAGUGCAGGCGGAGCCGGUUUCAAUUCAUCAUCUUAUGAAUCUAGUUCCACAUAUGGUACUGGAUCUGCCGAUUUCGGUGGCUUAGAAACAAGUGGAGCUGGUGGUUAUGGAAGUUCAUUUGANAGCCCACCAGCUGGUGCUACUGUAGCAUUCUCAGGUGCUUCCUAUAGCGCAGAAUCCACAGGAGCUACUGGUUUAACAACUAGUGAAUUUGGUGGUGAAUUCUCGAGUGCAGGCGGAGCCGGUUUCAAUUCAUCAUCUUAUGAAUCUAGUUCCACAUAUGGUACUGGAUCUGCCGAUUUCGGUGGCUUAGAAACAAGUGGAGCUGGUGGUUAUGGAAGUUCAUUUGACUCUUCAUCGUAUUCUUCAACUGGUGAUUUAGGAGGAGUUGACGUAACUAGUGGACUUGUAGGAGGAUAUGAUACAUCAGGGUUAAGUGGCUCGGCAAGUUAUUCAUCGUCAUCAUACGGAACUGGAGCUGGAGGUGUCCAUGCAGCCUUUCAAUCUGCUGAUACCAAUCGCGAUGGAACUUUAAGCCGCGAUGAAUUCAGAAAUUUUGUUGGCAAUAAUUUGUAA